AUGUCCGACACGGAGAGAGAGCCUGCAUCAGAGCAGACACCUCUGCUCCGCGAUGCGUCUGAGAGCAAUGCAGAGGAUACCCCGCUACCAGAGGAACAUAGCAUUAAGGAGCUGAUCUGGAUCCUGGGUAGCAUCUGGCUGGGUGUAUUCUUAGCGGCGCUGGAUACAACAAUUGUCGCUACUUUGUCCGCGCCUAUUUCGUCCUCGUUCAAUUCGUUUUCGCUACUUUCAUGGCUGGCUACCUCUUAUCUGAUCUCCAACGCCGCCUGUCAACCCCUCAGCGGACGGUUGACCGAUAUCUAUUCGCGGCGCUGGGGACUGGUUUUCUCCAAUGUUUUCUUCGCUAUUGGAAACUUGAUCUGUGGCCUGGCGCGAGCUCAAUGGGUUAUCAUCCUUGGUCGCGUCGUGGCGGGUGUUGGCGGCGGCGGUCUCACAGCCAUCUCAACCUUCGUCACGUCGGACUUGAUUCCUCUCCGCAAGCGCGGUAUUUGGCAGGGUAUUGGAAACAUCUGCUACGGUGCCGGCAUGGGACUUGGAGGUGUCUUCGGUGGCUGGAUCAAUGACACCUUAGGAUGGAGAUGGGCAUUUUUGCUCCAGGUCCCCUUCCUAGUUGUAUCUUGUAUUUUGGUCGCGGUGAAGGUCAAUAUUCCUGUCAAAGAGACGGAUACUGCUCGUAUCAAACGGGUUGACUUCCUUGGUGCCAUAACGCUUGUCCUGACACUGGUGUCUCUGCUUCUGGGCCUUAACACUGGCGGAAAUCAAGUUCCUUGGACUCACCCAUUGGUCCUGGCGUCCUUGGUUAUGUCUGCUGUUUUCCUAUGUAUCUUCAUUUAUGUUGAAGCCUAUGUUGCCUCUGAGCCUGUCAUCCCAGUGCGUCUUCUAUUGAACCGGACUGUGGCGGCUGCUUGCUUGACCAACUGGUUUACUACGAUGUCUGUAUUUGGACUUCUCUUUUACCUCCCCGUUUACUUCCAGGUGCAGGGUCUCUCAGCAACUGCUGCCGGCGCUAGAUUGAUCCCCCAGGCCAUCGGUACCUCGAUUGGUUCUUUGGGGUCGGGCAUCAUCAUGCGUGCCAGCGGUCGAUACAACUUACUCAACUAUGCUGCUAUGGCUCUCCAGGUUAUCUCAGCUGGAUUGAUCUGCACUUUGAACGUGUCCACUCCCAUAGGACUACCAUUCGUAUACUUCUUCUUGGGUGGUGCAUCUUACGGAAGCAUGUUGACCAUCACAUUGGUGGCGCUUAUUUCAGCGGUGGAUCAUCAACACCAUGCCGUGGUGACCUCUGCCUCCUACGCCUUCCGCAGUACUGGAAGCACCAUUGGUAUAACCAUCGCCUCAGCCGUCUUCCAGAACACUCUUAAGCAGCGGCUCUGGUCUCGGUUUGGUAAUCAUGAAAACGCUAAGGAGCUGAUUGGACGUCUUCGUGAUAGUCUAGAUGAGAUUUGGAAGCUUCCUGCAGACUGGAUCCCCGGUGUGCUGGACGCUUACAUGAAUUCCUUGCGGUCUGUAUUUCUGACCCUCUUGGGUCUUGUUGUCCUGGGAGCAUUGGCUAGUCUUGCAAUGAGAGAGCACAAACUGCACAACAAUUUGGCCCGUCGAUAG